GGGAACGUUCGUUUACAUAUUUAGCGAUAAUUAUUGUUCUAAACCCAGCUAACGCCUUUGUUAUUAGCGAUUACAGGAGCGCUGUCCUUUAAGACAGAUAAUAAAGCAGUUCAUCAAAGGAAAUCUCUUAGUAUCAAUUUCUCGGUGAGCGAAACAGAAUGAAGUGGAAAUUCAGCCCGCUCGGAAUCGUUGUACUGCUGUUUAUUUUAUCGUUUGGAGUGUCGACAAAGACUUUCCAGAAUGAUAAUAAUGAGAUAUCCACUGGAUCUGUGAGGUUGCAAGGACCGUUGAGUAACAUUGGAACAGGGCGUGUCGAAGUGUCACUUAAUGGUCAAUGGGGAACGAUUUGUGACGAUGGAUGGGACUUGAACGAUGCAAGAGUUGUGUGUCGUCAACUGGGUUAUCAAGAUGCCGUAAAAGCCCUUCACGGAGCCCUCGUUCCGGAUGGUUCUGGAAAAAUAUGGUUGGACGAUGUCGAUUGUUCCGGAAAAGAGAAAAGAUUGACGAAUUGCCUUCAUGCAAGAGUGGGAAAACACAACUGUUUUCAUUUCGAAGACGCUGGAGUGGAAUGUUUUAGAGCAGAACCCUUGAAAAAACCCGUUUUAAGUACCGUUGUUCGCUGGAGGCCCACAAAGACGGUUUCGAAUGUCAUUUCAUCUAGAACCGCAUAUCAUCGUUCAUCCAUGAUAGAAAAAGCAGCACCAACAUCGGUUGAAACGAAAGCAUGUUCAAGAAAUCACUCUCGCCCGCACUAUCCUACCAGACUUGGGGAAGAAGAAAUGCCAGAAGAAACAGGGGAAAAUCGCAAGUCCAGAUUUAAUUGGAAAAUUGUUUGUGUUGCUGCUGGAGCAGUCUUUGUGUUUUUUGUUGCUGUGUUGAUAUAUCGACACAAACGUAGACCGACCAUGAAACGCGACGACGAAAACAUCAGGCCUUCGACUUCCAACGAAGAAAUAAACGAUGACUGUGAAAGACACUAUCCUGAACCUUAUCCAACAGGCCACGUACAAACGACACGUCCUGUUCGUUAUGAUUACAACUUUUCUGAAGACCAGCCAAAGCGCAAAUCAAUACGAUAUGGAAUCAAAUGUGAUUUACAUCAGAAGUCGGAAGAGCAGUCAAGUUUGAUGAAGCGCCCCAGUGGAACUGAUACACUGCGUCCAGAUCACGGGGGUAUUCUCCAAGUCGAUGACAUAAUAUUAAAUCUUGCCCCUGGAUGUCUUGCUGAAGAUACAGAAAUCACUUUGAUAAAAGACGAUAAUAAUUUGGCGAUCAAAACACUGCUUGACCUGGGCCUCGUUGUUGGUUCACCGCGAGUGGUUGAACUUCUUCCAGAUGGUUUGAAGUUUGUGAGACCAGCAGAUCUCACAAUUAGCUUCGAAAAUACUUUAGCUGACUCUGAACUCUUCAUCCUGCACGGUUCCUACAACCCGGAUUAUCGGAGGGUCGUUUGGGAACUGGUGACGAAUGAAAUUGAAGAGGACAUGACAAAAGGGGUCGUAACUGCGAAAAUUAACGGCUUCUGUUUCUAUGCUUUUAUUUUAGCAAUGCGCGGGGUCUUGGCUCGAAUUUUGAGCCAUCUUAAUCAUUCGUUUACCUCUUGUGCGUAUGCCUUCUAUCGAAGACAACCUCCAAUGGAUAAAAUAGACAUUUCGGUCGUCGUGGUGAGCGAAUUUGUCGAUGAAUAUGAAGAAAACGAGAUAAAGCAACUAAAAGAUCAUCUCAAAGAAGGUUACGUUAGAAGUGACAAGGGAAUGUUGAAGCGUGUCGAAAUAGACCACCCUCUUCAGGUGAGUUUGAAUUUUCCUGGUGUCGAGAUCAACACUCAGUGUAUUCUGGUUAAAGUCGACCAACCUGAGCUGGAUUCCGUGGGCUUUGUAAUCGAUAAUUUCAAGGGAAGUGCCAUAGCUAAGCCUGCAAGCGGAACUGUGAAUAUUUGCGAAGUAGAUCACGAAGAUGAAAGAAGGUUUCUGUGGAAACUAAAUAUACAUGAAAUAGAGCAAGAUAAAAAUGAAGACGAGAAAGAUUAUGUACAAUCGACAAAACCAGAACGCGAGACACAAGUUGUACGCCGGAACACAAAACUCACAACAAUAGAAAUAACGAGGGUGAGCCGUAUGGUUGCAAUUGAUUGGGACAGUCUUGCCGGGCUCCUGGAUAUUCCAUAUGAAAAACGUGAAGAGAUUAGAACCAACUUCACCAAAUACCCUGAUUCUCCUUCCAAAGCGGAAGAAGUUCUUGAACAUUUCAAUGGCAGCGAUUGCUUCGGUCGAGAUAUUCUUGAAAAAUGCGCUGAUGAAUUGGGAAGGCAUGAUUUAUUAAAGAAAUUACAGCCUAUGAAAGACGAGGAUGAUGUAACUCGUAAUGAUGUAUGUCAGAAGGACGAAAUUGAAUUAUUGCAAACUGAAAUUCCAGAAUGCAAUGGAAUUCAAGAACUAGAAACUGAAAUCCUUCCAGAGGAAGACGUUAAGCCUCUCUCCCCUCGUGAAAUGUACAGGUUAAGUCGAUGCGUUGGAGUUGACUGGGACAGUCUUGCUGGCCUCAUGGACAUCACCAAGGAAGAAAGAGAUGACAUCAGAUACAACGUUGCCAUUUACAGCGACCAUCGUUCACGAGCUGAGAAAAUCUUAUCUAUUUUCAACCGCAAGAAAGACUUCUCCCGUAAGAAGCUGGUAGAAUGCUUGAAAGGAAUCAGGAAAUUAGACGUGAUUCGACCAGUUAUCACUGGAAAAUGGAAAGUCAUGUAAUUAUCAAGUCAUCUGUUAAGUUAGAUUACAGCACCUUAGACUAUGCUCUUCCAUCAGCCUCUCCAGAAUAAAUGAAGGUAUAAUUAUUUCGAACAGUUCAAAGUCGCGGUGAUACGGCAUUCUUAGGUCAAGCUUUCCAUUACCAAGACUUUGUGGUUGAAAAACGAAAUCGAAUCAACCUUCUCUGAAGAAAGAUCGAAUGAUGGUAGUAUGUAAGAAGUUUUCCACGUAAUGACAUACCUUUUGUGUGGUUAACUGUUUGAUAUGAUCUCAACAUUCGAAACAGUCAUAUAACUUCACGUAAAAUUUUAUCCAAGCCCACGCGCACACUUCUACAGCUUUACCAUCGUGUUUUAUUCCGAAACAUGGUUGAGAAUAAUCGACAUUCUAACUUUCAGUAAAACUGAACGAUUUAGAAAGUAAUUUUUUUACACGUAACCAUAAUUGCUAUUAUUAUAUACACAA